CUCCCCCCCCUUCCUUUCUCUCUACCGUUCCUAUAAAGCCAAAAACUCAGAUUUUCUCCCUUUAAAACGCACGCGUUUCGGUGUUGAUUGCUCUUUCUCUUGCCCUUGCGGUCCAUCCAAUCCAUUUGCAGAGGUGAACGAAACUCUCUCGUACUCGUCCUUGCAUAAAUACGAACUGAUGUAUAAUUGUAUGGUUUGAACUCCUGUAUACAGCUCUUUGAACGGAUAUUUAAUGCGUUUGAUCGGCGACCAACUUUUAGGAUUCUUGUGUUUUUUGUCAUUUCUGGCUUUGCCGAUCCUCUGCCAUUUUUGUCUCUUAAGCUUCCUUUUUCUCUCUCUCUUCUCUCUGUCUCUGUUGUUUUGGUACGGUACUCUUUGCUUUGUCGACACUGUUCUCGCGCAGUAAAUUCUGCUGCUGCAAUUGCUGCCGGUGCGAUUUUUUUUUUUUCCAAAUUUUCCUGUUUCCAAAAUUUUCCCGGAAAAUACACAGUUUCCUUUUCUGUCAGAAAAAAUACCUUUCCCUUCCUUCAAUAACAUCCUCUUUUAACAUCAUCGCUUCGUUUCGAGAGAGAACUAGUAUUUUUUAUUUUAAUUUCUAAGUCUUAAAAAAAUCCUCUAAUGAUAAAAAUAAGCAUUACAUGAACAUUAAUAUUAACUGUGCAGUGUUCACUGUUCAGUAUUUGCUUUUUCCGUGUUUUUGCCUUUUUUAUGCUAACCAAAUUGCUUAAUACUGGUACAAAUCGCCGUCGUUUCUAGGUCAUUUUAAGCUAAAAUUUAGCUCGUGAGUCCUAGGGGUUUAUAGCCACUUUUGAAGUCAAAUCUGAACCGCUGGUACUCUAAUCUGACGAUUUCAGUAUCUGAGAGAGAGACGCUUCGUUUCCAGUGACGCAUCAUGUCCAUGGUGGUUUAGUGCUCGGAGUCCGACUCGCUGUUUUACCGAGUUCUCGAUCCAAACUAUUGAUCUAGUUGACUUCUGUUUCUCUUCUGUUUUGGGAGAAUCGAAAAGUUCUUUGGUUUAAAAGUAAGUGAUACAUUUUCGAAGAUGAGAGACUUCUCAAAGAACAGAUUAGCCGUCGUUUUGCUUCUAUUCCUCUUCACAGUGCUAACAUUCAUGCCUCCUUUUUUUACAGGUGGAUUCAUGGGAUCUAGCCAUCCAAUCUCCAAGGGAACGAGUUAUACGCUAUCUGCUCCACAUCGAAAGCUGCUUAGCCGCUCAUUAGCAAUGGAGGAACCUAAUAGAAUAUGGGGAGAGAAGUGUACUAAGGCCGAUAUUGUUAUAAAUCAAGGACCCACAGCUCCACUUCCAAGCGGCAUACCUACCUACACUGUUGAGAUCAUGAACGUGUGUGUCACCGGCUGUGAUAUUUCUGGGAUUCACCUUACAUGUGGCUGGUUCAGUUCUGCUCGCCUCAUCAACCCGAAGAUCUUCAAGCGCCUUCGCUACAAUGACUGCCUUGUUAAUGAUGGCAAGCCUUUGGUCAAUGGUGGUACACUCUCCUUCGAGUACGCCAAUACUUUUCAUUACCCACUUUCAGUCUCUUCAGUAAUCUGUUCCUGAACAAUUAAGGCAAAAAAUUUACUAAGACAAGCAAACAUUGGACAGAGAUAUAGCAGCCAUUGGAUUCCCCCUUUCUCUCUUUAUGUCUUGGAUGUAUUUUGUGGGGAUAUGGGAAGGUCCAUUUGAGACAAUGUAGGUCUUUGAUCUCUGCAAGCUGAGAUGAGAGCCGGCAGAAAAAAGACUUGAAACUUCCUUUGUGAUGACCCUCUGUACAUAGUCUAUAUGAUAGUUAAUACGUGAGCGGAUGGGAAAAUGAUUACAGGAUUUUUUUUUUCUUUUGUGGUUUCAGUUCUGUUGAUGAGAAUUAGUGUAGGGGAAAAUGAUUUGGUUGUCUUGAUUAUGCCUUGGGACAUAAUGUCAUUUUAUGUGGUCGUAAUAACGGCUUUUCCGUCAACUUUAUGUUUGUGGUGUCAUCACCUAAUUUUACCUCAAGAUAAUGCAAAUGCAAGCCAUUCAUGCUCAACAA